AUGCAUUUCCUUGUGCUAGGAGCUACAGGAGCUAUCGGAAGCAAAUUCUGCGCCCUGGCGCUAAACAAAGGGCAUCGUCUAAGUCUAUUAGUUCGCACUCCUAGAAACCUCCCCCAAAACCUCGUGCAACAUACAGAUGUGGAGAUUAUCGAAGGCGCUCUAGACGAGGAAACAGCCCUAGACACUGCUGCGAGCUGUGGUGCCAGCAUCUUUGUCUCGUUCGCUGGUCCCCCGAUCGGCACGGAAGGAACGCCUCUGACAUUGGGGUAUAAAGCUCUGGUUCCAAGACUAGUAGACCGGCACUUCAAGCGCAUCAUCAUACUAUGCACCCCGUCCUACCAUGAUCCCUCGGACACCAUAAUUUUCAAAUGGCGGCUGGGGGCAUGGUUCAUGAGGCUAUUCAGUAAUGGCCAGUAUCGAGAGAUGGUCGGCAUAGGGGAGUUUAUAGCGUCACUGCCUGUCGACGGGCCUGUGCAGUGGACUUUGUUUCGGGUUGGUGGGCUGACAAACGGUGAAGAGGCACCAGUCAAGGCGACAUUCCUGGGGAGCGGCGAUGAUGGCACAUGGAUUAGUCGGGCGAGUGUUGCGACGUGGGCCCUGGAUGAGAUUACUCGAGAACAAUGGCUUGGGAAGGCACCUUAUAUCUGUAAUUAG